AGGAUGCAAAAGUUAAUGUGGUUUGAUUAGCAAGUGGCGCUUGUAAAAUGGCGACUGGCUGGAAUGCUCCCCAGGGAGCGGAGAAUAUGCAUACAAAGUGUGACCCGGGUAUUAAUAUAUAUCUGUAAAGCACAUUGAGAGAGCCUGUGGUCCUGAAAUGCGCUAUAUAAGGACAAACUAUUAUUAUUAUUAUUAUUAUUAAUUUCUGCAUUUGAAUUGAAGUCUGUUUUCGCCAUUAGCAUUAUUGACUACGUUGCACACCACACUGAUAUCUGCAGUGUGUUUAUCUUCAAUCUGACAAUGAUGAAAAAUGAACUUUUACAGAUGUAAGAGCUUAGAAGGAACAUUACUUAUAGACCAGUAUAAUCUAGAUCCUUAUUGAAGCGAAAGACUGCACGAUAUUUGAUGCCCACCUAACAAUCACUAGAAAAGGUUGAGAUAGAUCUAUAAACCUAGUCUAGUUUCUGUUGUUUAGAGUUUGUUUGGCUUAACUUAAUACUAGUCUUAAGCAUUUAUUUAACUUUAGAAUCAACCCUAAAUCAUAACAGUCAAAUAUAGGUUUUUAUUGUUUUUUUUCAAAUUUUCACCCUCUUUAUUUUCCACAGCUAAAACAAUGAAUAUGGAUGAUCUUCCUCCCCCUCCUCCUCCUCCUUCUCGUUCUUCUUCGUUGUCUUCUAUUCAGUCUGUUACAUCAAGCAGUUCAAAACCUUCCGAUCCAUCUCUUCAUCAGUCUACUCAGUCACUGCCCUCACUUCUUGAACUUUCUAUCUCUGAUCUGCCUUCUUCUACUCUCCCCAGCAUUGGUCUUUGCCCUACUCCAUCUUUUCAUCCCUGUCACCCUCCAUCUUUUCAUCCCUGUCAUCCUCCAUCUUCUCUGCCCCUGCAUGCUUCUUCUUCUGCAAAUGAUGAUCCACUACAUGGAUUGUCUUGUCAGUGCUUUGUCUUCUUUUUUCUCCAUCUCUUGAUCAUUCUUUGUUUUCUUUACAUUAUCAUGGUCGUAUCGUAUCUUUUUCUUUAAAUGUUUGUCUUCAUCUUCUUUGUCUGUGUAUGCAUGUUCUGAACGUAAUGUUUCUAUCCCUGCUAUACUAGCUAUCCAUUUUCUUCUCUCCAAAAGAAAAUAUGUUGAGAUGACAACCAGACGCCGCCGUGUUGCACCCCAUCAACAGGUAGAGAAAUGGUGCAGGGCUGAAAAAGACCCAGAUGGCUUUGAAAUAAAGUUUGUGAAUGAGACAAUAGGUCAUGGACUUUUCACAUGCAAACACUUCCAGAAAGGUGAUUUUCUUCUAGAAUACAGAGGGAUUUUCAGUGAGACAUUAGAUGCAGAUGAAGACAAUGACUACACAUUUCAUUUUCUUCAUACAGGUGUGAACUACAGCAUUGAUGCAUCUGAUCCAGAGGCGGGGUUAGGCCGUUGGAUUAAUGAUGAUCAUAAGGCACCAAAUUCUGUAAUGAAGAAAAUCAUCCUGCAUGACUCAAGUCCACAUCUGUGUCUGUUUGCAUGUGACGAUAUUCAGGUGGGGGAGGAAAUACGAUACGAUUACGGCACUAAGGAUUUGCCAUGGCGGCAGCCUCCCACACCAAACGUCAUGCCACACACUAACAUCAACGUGCAGGAAACGCCUAGCAAGAAGCUGCCGACACCCCACAGCAUGGACAUUGUCACCUCUACUACCACCAAUAAGCUGCCCCAUAUGCCAGAUGCAACAUCCAAGCCAGCAUCACAACCAAUCAUGAACAACAUCAGCAACCAAAGCUCUCACCAGUGUCCUAUCCAAGGAACACCAUCCACCAGUCAACUACUACCCCACUCUCAAGAGGGUGGCACACCAACAUCCGAUGAUAAUGGGACAGCUAGGCAAGAGGUACACUCCCUGAGUAACAGCAUGUCUUGCAGCCAGGUUGAUGCCUGCUAUAACCCGGACUUAGAUUCCCCAGGUGUCAUAGAUGGAAGUGAAGAGGGACCAGAAGGCUUAGAUACCCAAUUGCACACACCAAUUGUGGAGCACACCUCCAGUAACAUGCAGGAAACGCCUAGCAAGAAGCUGCCGACACCCCACAGCAUGGACAUUGUCACCUCUACUACCACCAAUAAGCUGCCCCAUAUGCCAGAUGCAACAUCCAAGCCAGCAUCACAACCAAUCAUGAACAACAUCAGCAACCAAAGCUCUCACCAGUGUCCUAUCCAAGGAACACCAUCCACCAGUCAACUACUACCCCACUCUCAAGAGGGUGGCACACCAACAUCCGAUGAUAAUGGGACAGCUAGGCAAGAGGUACACUCCCUGAGUAACAGCAUGUCUUGCAGCCAGGUUGAUGCCUGCUAUAACCCGGACUUAGAUUCCCCAGGUGUCAUAGAUGGAAGUGAAGAGGGACCAGAAGGCUUAGAUGCCAUGUCAGAGGUGUCAGACCUGUCGGAAACUACUACAGAUCUAACAGAUGAUUCUGACCCGGAUUACAUACCGGAAUCUGAUGAUGAUGUUGGGGAAAGGGAGAUGAGUCCUGUCGUUCCUAUCCCUGGAUCUUUUAAUAUUCAUCGUGGUUGUCUACCCACUCCUGAAGAUGAAGCAUCAACCAGUGAGAAUCAUGUAGACAGCACCUCAAAAGCAGUAUUGCAUGCCUGCAGUAGGUCUUCAGGGAUACAAGUGAAUGCCACAGCAAAUGGAAGAAGCAAAAGCUGGGAUAAAGUCCAAUAUUGUCCUUUCUGCAUGGAACCUCAGAAGAAAUUACCUCGCCAUUUACAAACUCCCAAACACAGAAACGAACCACAGGUGCAGAAAUGGCUUUCUAGUGAAGACCAAAAGGAUAAAGUGAGACAAUUGACACUAAUGCGCAAUUAUGGAAACUACCUACACAAUAUCUCUGUCCUGAAGAAGGGAGUUGGAGAACUCAUUGUUGUUCAUAGGCCAGCAGACAAGUCAGAUCCAUCAGAUUACGUUCCCUGCUCAAACUGUUAUGGUUUUAUCACGAAGACAGAAUUGUGGAAACACAAGUGCAGCCAGAUACUUGAUAGUAUACCAUCUGGGAAAACAAAGAAACGAGGAAAAGUGCGUGCUGCCAAAAUGCUGCUACCAAAUACUCCUGGGGUGGAUACGAGAACCAUUGAAAUCCUGUCGAACAUGAUCGAUGACAAUAUAGCCGCUGUGGUCAGGUCGGAUGACCUAAUAACUAAAUUUGCUGAGAAGUUAACCAUGAAACAUGGACAUAGCAGAGACCAAGAGAACUAUAUCAGGCAACGGUCAAGGGAGCUAGGAAGAAUGGUCCUCGAGUACAGAUCAAUGACAGGGGAGACCAAUGUCGAUCUUGCAAGUCUCAUACGUCCUGAGAAGUUUGUUGCAGUGACGUCUGCUACAAAACUGGCUGCAGGAUUUUGUGCUGAAAACAAUGUCUACAAAACCCCCAGUCUUGCAUUAAAGAUCGGACAUGGUCUGAAGACUUGUUGCGAGAUUCUACAAGGAAAAGCCAUUAUGACGCAGAACUCUGCCAUCAAGAAAAGUUGCAAGGCAUUCUUGACCCUGUAUGACCUUCAAUGGGGGAGCUAUGUAACUCACCAUGCACUAAGAAGUCUUCAAGAAGGAAGAAGAAAUAACCCAAAGUUGUUGCCACUUACCGAAGAUGUAGUCAAAUUUGCGAAACAUCUCAAGGGAGAAAUGCAUGCAAAAUUGAAUGGGCUUGAGAAAGAGAGCAACACCAACAGAAUUGCACAUGAAUGGCAUAAUCUUUCUGAAGUACUGCUGGCACAUAUUGUUGUCUUUAACAGGAAAAGACCUGGAGAGGUCUCAAAAAUGACCAUGCAAGAUUAUGAAAAUUGCUCGCAAGGAGAAGGUGGUAUAAUUGAUGGUGCUCUCAGCAAGUGGGAGAGAGCACUUUGUCGAGUUCUAUGGAGAGUCGAAAUCGUAGGAAAACGUUUGAGGACGGUGCCUGUACUUUUGACAACGACAAUGAAGAGGGCAAUGGACUUGUUGAAAGAGAGGAGAUGUGAGGCUGGCAUCGAGGAGAGCAACACAUAUGUGUUUGCUGGAUCAGGGGAAGGGCACCGGAGAGCAUGCGAUGCUAUCCGUGUUCAUUCCACCAAAUGUAAUGCUGAACAUCCAGAACAUCUCAGAGCAACACAUCUGAGAAAGCAAAUUGCCACUGUAGCCCAGAUUAUGAAUUUAAAGGAAAAUGAGCUAGAUGUCUUAGCUAAUUUCCUUGGGCAUGACAUCAGAACGCAUCGGGAAUACUAUAGACUCCCAGAUUCAACAGUGCAACUGGCGAAGGUUUCAAAAGUUCUUCUGAAGAUGGAGAGGGGAGAUCUUGAAGGUCUUGCCAAUAAAGGACUAGAGGAAGUGCAGUUGGAUCCCAGUGAAGAGUACAUCACUGAUGCCGAGUCAGAUUCUGAGGGUGAAGAUGUGCAGUCUGAUGAUUCACCUUUGGUGACUGUGAGGACAGAAGACUGUAGUGCCUACUCUGGGAAAUCAAAAAGUCCUUCUGAGAAUCAUCCAAUCAGGAAAGUCUGGACUUUGAAAGAGAAGACAACUGUCGCAGACCAUUUGGGCUCAUUUCUCCUAAGACGUACCCUACCAGGAAAGGCACAUAUUUUGAAACUCUUCAAUGCAGAGCCACAAACCUUUCGGGAUCGAUCUUGGACCAACGUGAAAGAUUUCGUUCGAAACCAGAUUCGGAAGAAGGAUGCAAUGGGAUUCUUGAAGAUGUAAAGUACAUUUAUGAAUGCUCAUCAUGAUACAUAUUAUAUAUACCUGUAGACAUUGUGACAUUUCUCCCAAAAGGGGAGGGGAGGGGGAUGUGGCAAUGGACUUAUCGUGUCAGGCUGUUGCCAAAUGAUUUGUUAUCAUUGUGUGCUUGUACAUAUAUGCAAAAUAAUUGGGGCACUUAAGUUAGACAGAAAAAAGAUAUGUUUGUUGCCUGACUUAAAAUUCGGCAAGAUCCCUUCUCCCUCCUCCCUUUUGGAAUUGGUUAAGUUCAUACAUGAAGGUUUAGGUUCAGAACUGAUGAUAUACAUGUACAUGAGAAAUGUGUAAUGUAUUGUAAUGCUGCUCAUGUAUGCAUUAUGAGAUGUCAUCAAACCCUAAAGACAAAAUUUAUUGUUGAUUUUUUUGGAGUAGAUAAUGCAGUCACUAGUUAAAUGUGGGAUACCCUCAGUUGAUUUCAUUGAUUACUUUAGUUCAUACGUGAAAGAUUCAUAUUAUGGAAGUAGUCUGUAUGUCCUGUUUCUUUUGUGAUUCUAUUUAAAGUUGAGACUUUGAAAAUGUGUAGUCACAUUUAAUUGGGUUUCGAGAAAUGUUGCACCAACAAAUAGAUUUCCUUUUGUUUAUGUAAAAUAUCUACAGUCGGUAUGGAAGUUCAUGUAGUGUAGCUCUAUUGAAGUAAGAAGCUAUCGAGUGAAAAACUGUUAAUUCAGCAACUUGGUGACAUGACUUUGCCCAUUCAUUAUAUGAAGGGUGAUGGAUGGGAACUUCAUAUAAGAGAAGCAAUAAUUAUAGGUAUAUAGAAUAUUUCAUGCUCUUCACUUGAAAUCUAAAUUUAUAUAUUAUGGUUUCAUUUGUUCUAGAUCAGUAUGAAAGAAACAAAUGUUCCCUAAAAGUUUCAUCGUUUGGUUUUUAAUGAAAGUUAUAUAAAUCCUCUCCACAUAAUAUAUGUACGACUUCAACAUUAUUUUGUGUAGAUAAAUGCGUUUAAUAGCAAUUCACCUCAUUUAAUUGAUGCAAUUGAUUUAAGCACUGUAGAUUUCAAAGAUGUAAUAU